AUGACUGGCCACCACAGUUGGGGAUAUGGGCAGGAUGACGGACCUUCGGAGUGGCACAAAUCUUAUCCUAUUGCCCAAGGGAACCGCCAGUCACCCAUUGAUAUAGUUUCUGCAAGAGCCAUUUAUGACCCUAAUCUGAAGCCGCUUAUUAUCUCCUAUGAAUCAUGUACAUCUCUCAACAUCUCCAACAAUGGCCAUUCAGUUAUGGUUGAGUUUGAAGAUACUGAUGACAAGACAGUGAUCAGCGGUGGUCCCUUUGAAAAUCCAUUUCGGCUAAAGCAGUUUCACUUUCACUGGGGGACAAAGCACAGCCAGGGGUCGGAGCAUACAAUUGAUGGCAAACCUUUUCCAUGUGAGCUCCACUUAGUUCACUGGAAUGCCAGAAAAUAUGCAACAUUUGGAGAAGCAGCAGCAGCUCCAGAUGGCUUGGCAGUAGUUGGUGUUUUCUUGGAGAUUGGGAAAGAACAUGCCGAUAUGAACAGACUCACUGAUGCUUUGUACAUGGUAAAAUUUAAAGGAAUGAAAGCUCAGUUUACAAGUUUCAACCCCAAAUGUCUCCUGCCUCUGAGUCUAGAUUAUUGGACAUACCUUGGCUCUUUGACAACACCACCCCUUAAUGAGAGUGUAACAUGGAUAGUGCUGAAAGAACCCAUCAGAAUUUCUGAGAAACAGCUGGAGAAAUUCCGCAUGCUCUUCUUCACCAGUGAGGAAGACCAGAGGAUCCAAAUGGUGAAUAAUUUUCGCCCCCCUCAGCCUCUUAAGGGGAGAAUAGUUCGAGCUUCCUUCAAGGCCUGA